CGUUGUUCUGUGGGGAGUGUUUACAAUUCAGUCUGACAACCGGCGUGUACUGCCGUUUUCGCCGGAUUAUUUAGGGAGGGCUCUUUUUUAAAACGUUCCCCGAGUACUGUACUUGUCUCAAAUGAAAAUCUUCAUUACAGAAAAUGAAGGUUGUUGCGCUAAUAAGUGGUGGGAAGGACAGCUGCUACAAUAUGAUGCAGUGUGUUGCUGCAGGACAUACAAUAGUGGCUCUUGCCAACCUGCGACCAGUUAAAAACACAGAUGAGUUGGACAGUUACAUGUACCAGACUGUAGGUCAUGAGGCCAUUGACCUCUAUGCUGAGGCCAUGGAUCUUCCUCUGUAUAGACGCACCAUCGAGGGAUCAAGUCUAGACACCGGGAGGGAGUAUAGUCAACGAGAAGGCGAUGAGGUGGAGGAUCUCUACCACCUACUGAAGCUGGUCAAGGAAAAGGAGAGUGUGGAAGCGGUGUCUGUCGGGGCCAUUCUGUCUGACUACCAGCGGGUUCGAGUGGAAAAUGUGUGCGCUCGGCUCCAGCUCCAGCCGCUGGCCUACCUGUGGCGCCGGGACCAGGAGUCGCUGCUCUCCGAGAUGAUAUCGCGUGGCAUCCACGCCCUCCUCAUCAAAGUGGCCGCCGUCGGCCUGGACCCUGAGAAGCAUUUAGGGAAGUCUUUGGCGGAGAUGGAACCUCAUCUGAAACAGCUCUCUCAGAAGUAUGGAGUGCACAUUUGUGGGGAAGGGGGUGAAUACGAGACCUUCACAACCGAUUGCCCUCUCUUCAAGAAAAAGAUUGUCGUUGAUGCCAUGGAGACGGUGAUCCACUCGGCAGACGCCUUUGCGCCGGUCGGCUACCUGCGCCUCACUCAGAUGCACAUCGAGGACAAAGGCCAGGGCCCCACAGCGAGUCCUCUGCCCCUCGGUACUUGUCCUUGCCAAAGCGCCAUUGACAAGAUGACUGAGGAGGCGGAAUAUGCUGAUAAAACCCAAGCCAUCCAGGAAGAAUUUACAUCAAACAGCGACCUUAGUUGUCAGCGGGGUCAUGAGCCCAUGCUCGCCUGCUCUCCCCGCAGUGUGGCAGGCUACCAGUGGUUGGCUGGCAUCUCUGGUGCGCACGGCGAACAAGAGGAGGAGUGCAGCAGAAUCCAAGCCCAGACCAAGCAGGCUUUCACCAGGCUGCAAGACGAGCUGCAGAGGGGAGGCUGGAAGAUGAAGGAUAUUGUCCUAGUGCACCUCUAUGUCAGAGACAUGGCCGACUUCAAGGAGCUGAACAGCGUCUACGUGUCUCACUUCGGCUCCAAUCCUCCCGCCAGGGUGUGUGUGGAGGCCCCUCUGCCUGCGGGACACCUCCUGCAGAUGGACUGCCUCCUCCAUGCUUGGACUCAGCCUCCCGCAGAGGGCUGCUUCCAGUCCAGGGAGGCCAUGCACGUCCAGAGCCUGUCCCACUGGGCCCCCGCCAACAUCGGGCCCUACAGCCAGGCCGUCAGGGUGGACGAGGCAGCCUUCUGCGCCGGGCAGAUCGCACUGGUCCCCUGCAGCAUGCAGCUGGUGGCGGGGGGAGCGGCGCGGCAGGCCCAGCUGUGCUUCGGCCACAUGGCACGCGUGCUGGAGGCACUGAGCUCCAGCCUCACGCUGCACCAUGCCCUGCAGGCCCACUGCUACGUCACCCAGCCCGGGCACAUACCCGCCGCCAAGGCCGUCUGGCAGAGAAUGCUGGGGCACGCCGAGGAGGACAGUUAUGAGGAGCCAGAGAUGCAUUGUGGGCCGCUGGUGGUGGCCGUGGUGCCCUCUCUGCCCCGUGGAGCCGCCGUGGAGCUGCACGUCAUGGCGGUCCAGGAUGAGCCCGCCGAGCGGACCUUUUCCCAGACCACCACCCGGUUGCCCGGUGCCAUCCUCUCAAGUCAACUCAUGCAGGCCGGCAAUGGUCACUGUGCCACUCUAUCCCUGUCCGUGAGCACGGGCACCUUGGGUUUAGACUCCACCAAGUUGGAGCCAGGGGUCGUUCUUGGAGCCCUCGGCAGUGCUUUUCUGGACUCUGUGAAGAAACUGGACCAGCAGCUCUCUCCGCUGUGCUGCAGGGGAUUCUACAAGCUCAGCAAUGCUGUAGGCCAACAGCUGGCUACAGGUCUGGAAGAAUGCUUGAAGCAGUCUCUUGGCCAAGUGAGUCCAGCUGUGGUCCUGGUUCCGGUUCUGGAUCUGCCAGACGGAGCAGUUCUCCACCUGUCGUGUUGGCUCAGUACGUAGAGGACUCCUGACUAAGCUCCACACUCGAGUCACACACACAUCAGGAUUCCUCCUUCUUCAUGAGCCUGAUGUGAGGAGACUUCUGCUCCCAUUCUACACCCAUCAAUAAACUGCAUUUUUUUUAUUAUCAUUCUGUUGGAGUUAACUCAUCACAACACAAAUAUAUGAUAUACACAUGGGAAUUGUUUUUUUAAUAAUAAA